AUGGAGUAUUCUCAGGCUAAGUGUUUUUCUCGCCCGAUGGGUUAUCGCUUUCAUCCGACGGGCAGGGAAGUGCUCAAGUAUCUAAUAGGGUUUGUGAGAGACGAGCCACUUCACUCUCAGAAUGAACUCAUGCAGGUGGCGGAUCUCUACGCCGACAAGGAGCCAUGGCAGAUUUUCGAAGCUUAUGAUCAGGGAAACAGCAACAACAACACUCGUUACUUCAUAACGCCGCAGAAGAAAGAGAAGCCAACGUGGAAAAGAGUUUCAAGAACUGUCGGGAAGGGCACUUGGAAGCCUCAAGGCAAAGGCCGAGAGGUGUUUGAUGAUAAAGGAAGACUCAUGGGAUACGUGAAAAGUUUGAAGUACAUCCCCGCUAACAAAUCGUCAAACAAUGUGAACGGCGAAUGGUUGAUGACUGAGUACUCUUUGUUUGAUCGUUAUCUGGCUGCUAGGGAGAUUAAGAACAAAGGUUUCGUAAUUUGUAAGAUCAAGAAGAAGGGCAAACCUGGUGACAAGAAAAAAGGAAACAAUAUUGAUGAGGUAGUUAAUGAUGAGAAUAUGAGAGAUAUUGAAGAAUUUAUCAACACCGACGUUCAAGUUUUAGACAAUGGUAUAAGGUCGAAUGGUACUAUAGCAAAGCUGGAUGAUCAAGAGAAUAAUAUUAUCCAAUAUGUAGAGGGAGAUCAAGUUAGAGACCAUGUACUUGGUUUAUUGGACGAUAUUAUUGUUGAUGUGGAUGAUCAUGAGGAGAACGUUGAAGAUUGCCUAGAUCAGGGGGAUGAAGUCCAAAAGCAGUUACUUGAAGAAUAUAUUGAUUCCGUUCUGCAAUCAGAAGAUGUUCCAGCUGAAGAUAUAGCAAAAGAUGAUCAAGAGAAUAUGGAAUACAAAGUCGAAGACCAUCAACAUGCUACUUUGUGGGCUUCUGCGGAAGAUGUCGAUCUGGAUACUAUCAAUUUCUAUUUGCCAGAGGAUGAGGAGAUUCAUUUUUGCUAG